AUGCACGCGCACCCGCCGACGGACGCGGCGUGCAACUUCAUCGACUGCCCCCCGGGGUUAGUCGGAAGGGUCAUCGGCAAGGGCGGGGAGACGAUCAAAGGCUUGCAAGCGCAGAGCGGCGCGCACAUCACGAUCGAUCAAAACUAUCCCGACGGCGCGCCGCGAAAGAUCUCCAUCUCGGGCCCCGCCGGAUGCGUCGACAUCGCGUCGAAGCUCGUGGAGGACCUGCUCAAGGGCGGCCCCGUGCGCGGCGGCGGCGUCGGGCCCGGCCAAGCGCAGCAGAUCGUGGAGUGCCCGAAGGACAUGGUCGGACGCGUCAUCGGCCGCGGCGGCGAGACGAUCAAGGGGUUGCAGUCGCAGACGGGCGCGAGGAUUCAGAUCGACCAGAGCGUGUCGCCGUGCCUCAUCACCAUCACGGGCAACCCGUACUGCGUCGACGCCGCGUCCAGGGCGGUCGUUGACGUCAUC